CAAAAUCACCACUUCACUAGAGAGAGAGAGAAAGAUUUGAGCAACAACGAUGGAGGGUAAGGAAGAAGAUGUGAAGCUUGGAGCCAACAAGUAUUCUGAGAGGCAACCCAUAGGAACAUCAGCUCAAACAGAUAAAGAUUACAAGGAGCCACCACCAGCUCCUCUGUUUGAGCCAGGAGAGUUGUCCUCAUGGUCUUUUUACAGAGCUGGUAUUGCUGAGUUCAUAGCAACUUUCCUCUUUCUCUACAUCUCUGUCUUGACUGUAAUGGGUGUGGUCAAAUCUCCCACCAAAUGUGGUACAGUGGGUAUUCAAGGAAUUGCUUGGGCUUUUGGUGGCAUGAUCUUUGCUCUUGUCUAUUGUACUGCUGGUAUCUCAGGAGGACAUAUUAACCCAGCUGUGACCUUCGGUUUGCUAUUGGCAAGAAAACUGUCGUUAACCAGGGCUGUGUUCUACAUGGUGAUGCAGUGCCUUGGUGCAAUCUGUGGUGCUGGGGUGGUCAAGGGGUUCCAGGGUGAUGCCCAAUUCACCACCUUGGGUGGUGGAGCCAAUGUUGUAGCCCAUGGUUACACCAAAGGCGAUGGUCUUGGUGCUGAGAUCGUUGGUACUUUUGUGCUUGUUUACACCGUUUUCUCAGCCACUGAUGCCAAAAGAAGUGCCAGAGACUCCCAUGUCCCUAUUUUGGCCCCUCUGCCAAUUGGGUUUGCGGUGUUCUUGGUCCAUUUGGCCACCAUCCCCAUCACCGGAACUGGUAUCAACCCUGCAAGAAGUCUUGGAGCUGCCAUAAUCUACAACAAGAGCCAUGCUUGGGAUGACCACUGGAUCUUCUGGGUUGGUCCCUUCAUUGGAGCUGCACUUGCUGCUGUGUACCAUCAGUUCGUCAUCAGAGCCAUUCCAUUCAAGAGCAGAUCUUAAAUUAAUAUAUAAUUUUUUCUUUAAUUUCUUCGAUUUGUUUGCCUUUUGUCAAUCAUGGCUUGUUGUUUAUUCGUUCAAAUGUGGAGUUUUUGUGCUGUUAAUGAAUGUGUGUAAAUUAUCCCCCCCAAUGGGUUCUGUUUCUUCUUUGUUGUUGCCUUUAAAAGCUAUGGUAGGAAGAACAUGUUCUUGAGAUGAUCAGAUGAUAUCGUCUGUUCUACUAUUUUUGUGUAAAAAUUCCCAAAAA